AUGUAUUUCCAGCUAGAUGGUGCAUCCAUUCACAAUUCAAGGAUUGUUCGUCAAUGGUUUAACCAAAAAUUUCCUAUGCCGUGGAUAGGAAGAAACAGUCCUUUUGAACACUGGCCUCCGAGGUCCCCUGAUAUUACACCACUCGAUUUUUAUUUUUGGGGUCUGAUAAAAAAUAAAGUUUAUAAAACAAGGCCCAGAAAUCGAAAUGAACUUUGUGCCAGAAUAAGACAAGCCUGUCAAGAAAUCAGCAUCCCAGAACUUAGACGAGUAUCCAGACAUAAUCGCAAAAGAAUUGAAAAAUGUAUUCGAAUAAAUGAAGGACUAGUCGAGCGAGAUAACAUUUGA